AUGGGCGGGAUCGGUAAGUCAACUCUUGCUCAUGUUGUCUAUGACAGAUUGAGAAACCAAUUUGAAAUUAGUUGUUUCCUUGGCAAUAUAAGGGGGUUUUGUGAAAGAUAUGAUGAUGAUAGCCAUCUUCGCUUACAAAAGAAGCUUCUUUCACGUCUUAACAUGAAAGGAAUGGUAAUUGAAAAUACAUAUCAAGGAAAGAACAAAAUCCGAGACCUUUUUCGUAAUGGAAAGGUUCUUCUUGUCCUUGAUGAUAUAAGUUCCAUUAGUCAAUUAGAGAAUUUGGCAGAAAGCAAAGACUGGUUUGGUAAUGGUAGUAGAGUGAUUAUUACAACUAGAGAUGUCCAAUUGUUGGCAUCACAUGGAGUGGAUAAUACUUAUAAGGUUGAAAUCUUGAACAAUGAAGAAUCACUUGGACUCUUUUCAAGCAAAGCUUUCAGAAGUGAUCAACCUAGAGAGGGAUAUUUGGAAUUGUCCACAUCCAUGGUUGAUUAUGCUGGGGGCCUUCCUUUAGCACUAAAAGUUUUGGGGUCCUUUCUUUAUGGAAAAAGUGCACUUGAAUGGAGAGAUGCUUGGGACAAAUUGGAGCAAGUUUCACAUGAUGAUACUCUUAAGAUACUUAAAAUAAGUUAUGAAGGGUUAGAUGAGGAAGAAAAGACAAUAUUUUUGGAUAUCGAUUGCAUUUUUAAGGGAUGGGACAAAAAUAAAGUGAUGCAAAUAUUGAUAAAUUGUGGUCUUCAUGGAAUGGAAGUAAUCCAAGGGAUAGUUUUAAAGGAAGGAAAGCCAUGUGAUGUAGAUUGGGAUCUUGAAGCCUUUUCAAGAAUGUGUGACCUUAGAUUACUUAUUAUAUCAAGUAAUUUGAACCUUUCACAUGGCCUCAAAUGCCUUCCUAGCGCCUUGAAAGUUCUUCGAUCGAAGGAAUAUCCUCUUGACACUCUUCCUCCUGGAAGCCAGCUAGAUCAACUUUGCUUGAAGAAUCUAAUGCUUUUGGACUUGAGUCAUUCUACGUACUUAAUUAAAACGCCCAAUUUCUUGGAUCUUCCAAAUCUGGAAAAAUUAAAACUUGAAGGUUGUGUAGAUCUUGUUGAGCUUCAUCCUUCACUUGGUGAGCACAAAAAGCUUCUUGCGUUGAAUUUGAAAGGCUGCGAAAAACUUAAAGUCCUUCCACAAAAUUUGGAAAUGACUUCUCUCAAGGAAUUUAUUUUAGAAGAAACUGGCAUAGAAGAAGUGCCUGCUUCGCUUGGACUUUUGACAAGCGUUGAAGUGUUAAAUCUAAGAGGUUGCAAGCAUCUUAAAUCCCUCCCAAAAAGGUUGGAAAUGACUUCUCUAAAGGAAUUUGUUCUUUGCGGAUGCAAUCAAGUAAAAAAUCUUCCUGAGUUUAAUGAAGACAUGACAAAUCUGGUUAAACUUGAUAUUGGGGAGACAAAUGUGGUCGAUCUUCCUGAGUCACUUGGAUUAUUGACUAGUCUUGAAUCUUUGAAUUUGAGGCAUUGCAAGAAUCUUGUUUUCCUUCACCAUAACAUUAAAAAAUUGAAACAUCUCAAGGUUCUUGAUAUUUCUGGAUGCUCAAAGUUUUCGAGGUUGGCAGAUAACUUGAAUGAAAAUGAAGCCUUGGAGGAGCUUGAUGUAAGUGGAACAGCUAUAACAGAAGUACCUUCUUGCAUUGGGCAAAUGAAAAAUGUGAGAACAACGUCAUUCCAUGGAUGCAAAGGACCAGAGUCUAAAUUGUGGAUCUCAUUAUCAUCUCCUACGGGCUUAACAUUGCCUAAUUCUGUCUUCAAUCUUAAGUCACUAAGAAAAUUAGAUUUAAGCUAUUGUGAUAUUGGUGAUGGAUCUAUUCCAAAUGAUCUUGGAGGCUUAUCAUCACUAGAGAGAUUAGAUCUUAGUGGGAACAAGUUUGUGAAUCUACCUUCUGGAUGCAUUUCUAAUCUUAUGAAACUAUAUUUCCUUUGUUUGCAUUCCUGCCCAAGACUUCAGUCAUUGCCACAACCUUCACCAGAUUUAGAUACAAUUGAUGGAGGAGAAUGUGCUUCAUUGGAAAACUUGUCAAAUGAAAAAAUAUUACGUCUCUUUCAUUUAAUUGGACAGCCUCGCACAUAUGCUCACCGAUGGGGAUUUUCGGUUUAUAACUUCGGAGCCACCAUUCCAGGCAAAGAAAUGCCAUCAUUGUUUGAGAACCAAGAGUAUCUUUCAUUGAAUGAGAAACUUGAAGCUUCAAUAAUAAUUGACAUUCCUCCAUCUGACUUGUUUGGAUUUGUGCUGUGCACUGUGCUAGCUGAUGAUAUGUUUUAUUCCACUGAUGAGCCAAACCAAAAACAAAUCGGUUGGCUUAUUUGGUCGUUUGACUUUGUUGAAGCUUGCAAUAAUGGUGGAUUUAGAUUUGUACCAAUUGAAGGUAGGAGUCGCCUGAACGAGAAAGGAAUAAAAUCUCCUCACCUUUGGAUCGUUUUUGGGCAGAUCAGUGACCAAAUCGAUCAUGAAAAAUCAAGGAAUUGCAGCCAGAUUCGCUUGAGAUUUCAGGCUCCUGAGACUCAACCUCUAUUAAAAUUGGAUGGAAAAAUCAUUAAGUGUGGAUGGCGUGCCAUCCGCAAAGGUCAUUUUGGAAAGCUAGUCAAAUCAAUGGGUGAUGUGCACAAUGAUGAAGAAAAUACAAGGUGUUUUGAUGUUGAAGAGCAAGGACAGAGCAAUUUAUCCAUAAGUGAGAACUCUCAAACCAUAAUCAAUGAAUGUGAAACCAAGUCUCCAAAGCCAUCUUUUCUAAGCUUAGAAGAGGAAGGAAAAUCAGAUGAUUCGCGGAUGCAAUUCAUUAUUGACGAUGCAAGCACUGGUCUUUGCGAUUUUCCUCUCCACAUUGCAAGCCCAGCCACUGCGAAUGCAACGUCACUCCCCAUUGUUGAGCCAAAUGACAAUCUGAUUUCUGAGAAUUUUUUAAGGAAGAGAAACCAAGCUAAUGCUAUAUCCAAGGAUUACACUCCACAAACAAGUGCCGAGGAGAUAUUUGAAGAACUUGAGAAAGUUUUACACUCGGAAGACACUGAUGAGUUGCUGCAAAUUUAUGACAUACUUACGACUGAUGAAAGAAAAUACGAGUCAUUUAAGGCUCUUCCCACCAGAUUAAGAAAACCAUGGAUUUUAAUGCAAAUUGGAAAGAAAAAAAGUGCUUCAUAA